AUGCUAUCACCAGCAUCUCCAUCACUCCUCGCUAUCCCACCCGAAAUCCUUCUUACCAUCAUCUCGCACCUCCCCACCUCGAAUGCUUUCCUCCCUCUGGUUCAAACCUGCCGUGGCCUUAAAACCUUUUUCUCGACCAAUGCAGCCAUAAUAUGCAAUACACAUAUCACCAAAUACCAUUCAUUUGUGGCUUCUAUCUUAGAUUCGACUUUUGUUCCUGGAGAAGACGGCCAAUCCUGGCUCAUUCCAAUGCACUCGAUGGUCUUGCCAAGGCAGUGUGCAAUCUUCGAGGAUAUCCAGCUACCCACAUCCAGACAAGACAUUUCAAGCCCAAACAUUGUUUCCUCGGCCCCAAAACGGGUCCGUGUGACAGAUGCUGAACUCCAGCUAAGAGCGAAAAUGCGACUUGGGGUUCCUGGACCGAUGUAUCUUAGCUUCCUUGAGACAAUGGGCUGGGAUCUUCGCAUGCGCCUAAUCAUGUUUCGUAAUAGUAGCAUAUACGGUCUCCAUCUGGAUGAUACUCGGCUUAUGCUGCGAGACGAUGAUCGUGAAAAAUAUGCUGAUGAAGCAGAGCAUAUUGAGUAUUUUGAAUGGGCAGUGGAGCGGUAUGUCACAAGGAUAUUCUGGUCCAAGUGUGGCCGGUUUAUCAAUGAUUUUAUGAUUCAAACAGCUCAGGAAGGAAAAUCCGGUGUUGCAAUGAGAAUCUUGCAAGGGGUAUGGGAUAAGCGGGGCCUGCUGAAAAGUGAGCUGGGAAACAUACUGGGGCCCAAGCGUGAUGUCGCGGAGUCAAGAGGCCUACUCUUCGGUGAAAUUGAGAAGAUGGAGGGGGAGCUGUUAAAGGGUGAUUCAGAGAGUGAGAAAUUCACAAAAUGUUUGCUUUGGUAUUAUGGGCGAUCAGGGGUACUUGGAUUUCGGAGCCAGGAAGCCUAUAAAGCCCAAAAGCCGGGUAAACUUCGAAAACAUGCCUGCGAUGUGAAGAUGGCAAUAGCGAAGGUAGACAGCCUGACCCAUUUCUCUCCAGUUGUCCACUAA